AAUGAUAAAAAUAUGAUACGAAUAACAAUGAAUAUUUGUUUAAUGAAUUGAUAUAUACAUAUAUUCGAGGUUCUGUAAACAUGAAUAUUGUAAGAUCGAUAGUUAUACAAUGGCUUCAUACAAAAUAUUUACAAAGAAUUCAGAUUCAUAAUACUUUAUACCUUUCGGUAAUUCCAUGGAAGCAACAGCUAAGAUUUUAUGCAGAUUAUCCAAUCCAUGUACAAUUUCCUGUAUUAUCAUCUACUAUGGAAACAGGCACUAUUGUCAGCUGGCUCAAAAAGGAAGGUGAUAAAUUAAAUAAAGGUGAUUUACUUGCUAAAAUUAAAACUGAUGAAGCAAUAAUAAUCUUUGAAACACCGGAUGAAGGAUAUUUAGCAAAGAUCAUAGUACCUGAAGGAACAAAAAAUGUUUGUACUGGUAAAUUAAUUUGUAUAAUUGUGCCAGAUGAAGACAGUAUUGCUGCUUUCAAGGAUUUUAAAGAUUCUCCAUCCCCAACUGUUCCUCUUCCAAGAUCAAUUAUCUCUACUUCAACAUUACCUUCUGUCCAAAAACCACUGCCCAUAGUGUCAUUCUUGGUUGCUGCUGGGGCAUUCGUUAUUUUCCUUUUUUGGUCUGUAAUAUUUAGCAUCAAAAAUAUAUUCAAAUCCUUGAUUCCAUUGAAAUAUAAAAUGAAAAGCAUCACUGGGGAAAUCAUUCUGGUGACUGGUGGUGCUGGUGGUAUAGGAAGGCUAAUCAGCCUCAUGUUGGCCAAUCUUGGUGCUAUCGUUGUCGUCUGGGAUAUUAACAAGACUGGUAUGGAAGAGACUGUCAAAUUGGUACAGACCGCUGGUGGAACCUGUUACGGUUACGUUUGUGAUUUGUGCGACAAGGAAGAUAUUUACAAGAAAGCGGAACUAGUUAAGAAAGAAGUUGGAAAGGUGACUAUUUUAAUAAAUAAUGCCGGCGUGGGACACGUAUUGAAAUUCUUAGAUGCGACUGACAAACUUCUUAAGCGAACAAUGGACGUGAACGUGAUGAGUCACUUCUGGACGACGAAAGCGUUCUUACCUUCGAUGUUGGAAGAUAACAAAGGUCAUAUUGUAAGUAUCGCAAGUUUGGCUGGAUUUGUAGGAGUGCCGCAUUUUGUGGAUUAUUGCACCUCAAAAUUCGCUAUAAUCGGAUUCGAAGAAGCUCUCCAUAUGGAAUUAAUUGCUGAUGGAUAUGAUAUCAAUAUGACCGUGAUAUGUCCGUUUUUCAUUCAAAGUACUGGCAUGUUUGGCGAAGUUUCUCCUAAAUUUUUACCGAGGCUUUUGCCGAAUAAAGUGGCGGAUCGAGUGGUAACUGCUUUGAGAUGCAAUGAAAAACUCGUUAUAAUUCCUGGUUACGUACGCUUUCUCCUUGCUGCAAAAUGGUUUUUUCCAUGGCCUAGCGUAGUUAUGUUCAUACAAAAUUUAUUUAAUAACACGCCAAAUACAUCAAACAUUACUAGUGGUAAGAAAGAAAAGAUUACUCCAAGAAGCAAAGAUCCAGAUAUCUCAGCUGUUCAUCAACAAUUAACCAGACGUAUCUCGGAAAGGAAAUCUUAAUCGUGUUAUGAUCGACAUGAUUGCAACAUAUCCAACUAUUUUCGAUUGCCUUUUUUUCCAAUCUGAAUAAAUAACAUGCGUCCUGUGCGUAAGAGAAGAUUUGAAGAGAAGAUUAUGAAAAGAAUAUUUAAUGAAUAUUAUAUGAAAACAAUAUGUUACUAUAAUAAAACU